GUGUACGAAUUGAUAAUAGGUCAUUUUUGGUACGAUCGGUGUGAUGUCGAUGUUCGGCGUGUGAGGAGAAGUGUUAGGAAGACGAAGACGUGAAGUUCGUAAUGCGAUAUGCAGUUACUGUGUUUUGUGCUAUUUUCGUUGUGCAGUCGUGUUUGUGCUGGUUUUAAUUUUAGAGGAUAAGUAUACGUAGAAUCGGCGUUGUUGGUUAUUAUUUUUUCGCCGCUGGUUUCGUGGAUAUAGUAAUUUUUCGUUUUAUUUUUCGUACCUACGCUGCUAGUUAAACUUGUAGAUCAAAUAAGCCGAAAGGAUGGAACAAUAUGGCCGAUUUGGCGGAUAAAAUCGACGACUUAAUUUGCACAUUCGACGGCAACGUGAAUACUACUUUAGAUACUAUCGCCAUGUAUAUGUUCGGCAUUUUCGUAUUCGUAUUAUUAACGGUAGUAAUAUUGUAUCAUUUGUACGGUAAGUACAAGAAACCCAAACAGAUCGCAGCGUCCGCUACCACCUCAGCGGCCAACGAAAAAACACAAAAUCUCGGCUCCGAGACGAAAACAUCCGUCAAAGAUUUAUCCAGCGGUAAAAAUGUACCCAGCGGUGGUUCUGCUGCCAAAACCGUACCGUCGACUCCUCCGGUGAGGAAAAGGCUCGGAUCGAAGUCCGGUAAAAUUGCGAAUAUAUCGACUAAACCGAAAUCCAUCAUUUUACCACCGCCGGCCACCGGAGCCGAAGUUGAAAGCACGAAAUGGGUUAACGAGCUUUUCCUCUGGUUGUAUUCGGAUCUGGCUAUCGUCAACGAAUUAGUCAAUUUUUGGAUCCAGUCGUUGAACGAGUCGAUGAAACAGUCUGUUGCUGAGCACGGAGUUGGAGUCGAGCUGAUUAGAAUGUUACCGGAAACGCACCCGCCUUCUUUGAAUAAUAUAUUUUGUGAAUGCGCACCCAACGACGACGUGACGAUCACUUGCGAUUGCGAAGUAACGCCGUCCCUGCAAUUGAAAGCUUUCCGACAAAAAGGCGAUAAAGUGGAAACGUCGCAUUACAGAGUGAACGUGACCAAACUUCGAGGCAGAUUGAACAUAUACUGUAUUACGGAGAAAUUACAAGCCGAAGUGAAAUUCGACGGAUGGCCCGAGAUAAAAAUUUUACUAGCCCAAGUAGGCAGCUUGAAGAACAACAACUUGGACGAGCAAUCUUUACAAGAAGUAAUCAUCGAAAUCGUCACAUCAGCAUUACGUAACUCUUGCAUUAAUUAUAAUCUGAGUCAAUACCACGGAUGUCCCAGACUGAUCCGAAAACCACCAGCUCCAGCCCAGUAUCUACCUUUACAUUACGAUAGUAUGUUAAUGAAUUCGAAUUCUAAUUUAUCGAGAACCGGUGGCAGUGGAAAAUUGACCGUGAAGGUUGUCAAAGCUGCGGGAUUGGCUGUCGAUGGAGCCAAGAUAAACGCGUAUUGCGUUAUCGAGGUGGAUAAUCCUCCGGCUAUUCAUCAAACAGGCGCCAUUUUCAGCAACACUAAUUCGCCAGUUUGGGAAGAACAGUGCGUCUUUGACGUGAAUGCCAAAACCAAAGAGAUUAUGUUCGAGGUGUAUAAUAAUACCGGUCAUAAAGAAAAUGAAAAAAAUCAGUUCCUCGGAUUGGCCAUCGUCAGCGUACAAGAAUUGCUGGAGAGCCCGUCUCAAAGACAGGUCAUCUCUCUACAGCCUCGUCCGUAUCAGAAUGAUAAAGUCAACGGAACGCUGACGUUAGAGUUCAUGUUGCUGGACGGCGUCGAAGCAAACGGUAAACAGACAAUAGAUGAGAAGUCGUACUCUGCCACACCCAACAAAAGUCGAACCAUUACGUCGAAAACAAUUUAUUCUAAUCCUUUAGACAGAGAUUACAUGAUGAAUGGUGUUGCCGAAAAAGCCUUAAAAGAUUUAGAAUCUCAGAGUAAAAACUCUUCCAAUAUGUCACCGAACAAAAGCACUCUAAUUAUCCAUAGCGUGCAAAAGCAGCCACAGAAUCAGAACACUUUGCAGGUGAAUCAAAAUAUGACCAAACGUUGGCACGAAGUACAUUUCUCGUCAAAGGACGGUAAUCAGAAUCAGAAUUACGAAGCUAACGUACAAAAUCCACAAGAUACGCCCGAUACGAGUCAGCAAAAUGGAGAUGAUCAAGGCAGAGGUCGUCGAAGAAAACGCGACUUUUUCGGCACGAUACGUAGAAGAUUGAAUAAAUCACGAGGAAGAGCUAAGUCGAUCGAUCGAAACGCCUUAUCGAAUGGCGAAGCGACCGCAGACGAGGCGACGACCGGAUGUCAUUCGCCUUCUACCAGAUCCGUAUCAGCGGACCGAGCUCGUGAUCAUUCGGCUCAUUCUGCACAUUCGACAGGAUACUUAAAAGUGGGUCCUUUACCGAGAGAAGGUUCGGCCAGAUCGAGUCUCAGUGAAAUGUCUGGCGUUAGCGGCGCUUCUUCCAGAACAUAUCUAAAUGAAGCUUCCACGUUGAUACUGGAAACUGUAGAAAAUGGUAUUAAAAAGUAUUACCUCGUUCCGUUAUCAUUAGCACAAAAAAAUAAAUGGAAGAAGAAAGGCACUAAGUUGCAUAUCUACAAUGAUCAUACAUUCGUCGCCAAACAUUUACCUGGCGGUACUAAUUGUCAAAUAUGUAAUCGAACCCUUCCUAGAAGACUGGGUAAGCAAGGAUACGAAUGUAGAGACUGUUCGCUUAAAUGUCAUAAGCAGUGUCACGUGAGAACUGAUUCCAGUUGCCCUAAUUCUACUGUACAGAAUCUCGAAUUGUCUGAGUUACCAGUACUGACUGAGUUCUAAGAUUAUGGAAUUUAUCGUACCUCGAAUAUGGUUGCUAAAUACUAUAGAAGCGGAUCUCUGAAAAUUCCCAAACUCGGAGCUGGCAGAUAAGCGAAUCAUGCACACCAGUUUACAUUUCGGUGAUGGUUUUUUUCUCUACUUUUGGUCAUGGUCUUGGGAGCAUUUAAAAUGCAAGGCUGUGUGUGUACUUACACUGCGUAUUAUACCUACUAUAUUAUUUACUAUAGAUCAUUUUAAUGUUUUUUCUCUUUGUUUUCUCUUUCUCUCUCUCUCUCUCUUUACUUUGUUUUCUUUCUUUUUUUUUAAAGUUAAUUUCUCAGUCGUUAUACGAUUUACUACUAAUUUUAUACAAACAUUUUUUUAUCCGUAUUGCUAGAGGCAAAUUUUAUAUCGAUUUUAAAAAAUUAUGGAGAGGGAUAUAUUGUUUCGCAGGAACGAUAAAAUAAUGUAAUUUGUUGAAUAAUGUUCUAUAUACCGAAAAGUCUUAUGUACUUGAAAAACGAUGUAUUUUAAUUUUUUUUUUUUUUGAUUUAUUCAAUGAGCUGGUAUCUAUGUACGAUUUUUUUCUCUCUCCUUUUGUUUUUUUUUCUUUUUCGUUAUUGUAUUGUUUUUUUAAAUGUAUUAUUUAUUGUUUCACUUGUGUUAGAUGUGUAUUUUUCUUCGCUUAUCACCGAUUUCUACGGUAUUUUUAAUUCUGGUCAUUUUUUUCUCUCUUUGUAUGUAUACCAUGUGAAGCAUUUCGUGCAAUAGAUGUCGUAAUAUUUAUCUGGAAAUCGUUACUAUACGAACAUAAUUUGGAAAAUUUUCUAAUCUGUAUUUAUUAUACCGUUUAAUUUAUUUUGUUGUGAAAUAUAAAUUUAGUUACUGUU